AAAGCCACUUUGCAGCUACUCCAACCAGUGUGUAUAUGCAGUUUUUUCUUUUUUCUUUUUUCUUUUUUGUAUCGUAUCAUUCUAUCUUUCAUACCUCCUUCUUCACUCCAUACCUAUCUCUUAAGUUUUGGCUGGGUGCUGUUUCAGAAUACUCUCUGCUUUGGGUUUUUUUCCCCCUUUCUUUGUCACUUUUUUCAGUGAAACACUUUAAGCUGUGCUGUUAAUGGUGUAUUGACUUUAAAGCUUUUUUUCCACUUGAUUUUGCUUCUGAAAGGUUUGUUAAAAGGUUGUGGAAUUUUUUUGUUUCUUGGGCAGAGGAAAAAGGGUUGUUUCAAAGCAGAGAAAGCUGUGGAGUGAGUCAUGGCGGGAGGUGCAGCACCGAAAGUAGAGGAGCCUCAAGCUCAUCCACCGAAAGAUCAGCUACCCAACGUUUAUUACUGCAUUACUAGUCCACCUCCAUGGCCUGAAGCUAUACUUCUUGGUUUCCAACAUUAUCUGGUGAUGUUAGGCACGACGGUUCUGAUUCCUUCUUCUCUUGUUCCUCAGAUGGGUGGUGGAUUUGAGGAGAAGGCAAAGGUUAUCCAAACCUUGCUCUUUGUUGCUGGUUUGAACACCUUGCUACAAUCACUCUUUGGGACUCGGUUACCAGCUGUAAUUGGAGGGUCGUAUACCUUUGUACCCACCACUAUUUCAAUCAUCCUUGCUGGUCGAUUUUCUGAUACUGCUGAUCCUAUUGAUAAAUUCAAGAAGAUAAUGCGGGCUAUCCAGGGUGCUCUCAUUGUUGCUUCAACCCUUCAGAUUGUCUUGGGCUUUAGUGGUCUGUGGCGUAAUGUUGCAAGGUUCCUGAGUCCACUUUCAGCCGUCCCUUUGGUUUCUCUAGUUGGCUUUGGGCUUUUUGAGUUGGGUUUCCCUGGGGUUGCCAAAUGUGUGGAAAUUGGACUGCCGGAGCUUAUCCUUUUAGUCUUUGUUUCACAGUACUUGCCUCACAUCAUCAAAUCUGGAAAGCACAUAUUUGAUCGUUUUGCAGUCAUUUUCUGUGUGGUGAUAGUGUGGAUUUAUGCUCACCUACUGACAGUAGGAGGGGCUUACAAAGGUUCACCACCUAAAACACAAUUAAGUUGCCGUACUGAUCGCUCUGGGCUUAUAGACAAUGCUCCAUGGAUAAGACUUCCAUAUCCAUUUCAAUGGGGAGCACCUUCUUUUGAUGCCGGUGAAGCUUUUGCCAUGAUGAUGGCAUCAUUUGUUGCUUUAGUAGAGUCCUCCGGUGCGUUUAUUGCUACGUCCAGAUAUGCAAGCGCAACUCAGCUGCCACCCUCUAUUCUAAGUCGUGGUGUUGGCUGGCAGGGAGUUGGAAUUCUGCUUUCUGGGCUGUUUGGAACUGUGAAUGGAUCCUCGGUGUCUGUUGAAAAUGCUGGUCUCCUAGCGUUGACCCGAGUUGGCAGUAGAAGGGUUGUGCAGAUUUCAGCUGGAUUCAUGAUAUUCUUCUCAAUUCUUGGGAAAUUUGGAGCAGUCUUCGCAUCCAUUCCAGCCCCCAUUGUUGCCGCUCUGUACUGUCUUUUCUUUGCUUAUGUGGGCAUGGGAGGUUUAAGCUACCUCCAAUUCUGUAACCUCAACAGCUUCAGAACAAAGUUCGUAUUAGGCUUCUCCAUCUUCCUGGGACUCUCUAUACCACAAUACUUCAACGAGUACACAGCCAUUAAUGGCUUUGGUCCAGUCCACACAAGAGCAAGAUGGUUCAACGACAUGGUCAACGUUCCAUUCUCUUCCGAGCCAUUCGUUGCUGGAAUCGUUGCAUAUUUUCUCGAUAACACGAUGCAUAAAAAGGAUGGUGCCAUCAGGAAAGACCGAGGCAAACACUGGUGGGACAAGUUCCGAUCGUUUAAGGGCGAUACGAGGAGUGAAGAGUUCUACUCUCUGCCUUUCAACUUGAACAAAUAUUUCCCAUCUGUGUGAUUUGUGAGAUCUUCUGUUAAAUGCUGCUGCUGCUGCUGCUGCUUCUUCAUUCAAAUGGGUCUGUGGAAAUUAAAACGAGAAGAUAGAGUCAUUAUCUUUUUUAAUUUAUUGCCAGUAACAUCUGUAUCUUCUUCUUUCCUCUAUAGGAUCACCUUAAUUAAUAACUUCAUUUAAUUGCUUCUCUUUUGUAUAUCCAACGAAGAGGUGGAUUUCGAUGUGUCUAUGAAAAACAAACGUCCCUUCUAUUUUUUCCCCCUUCAUAA